UUGUCUACUUCCGAAAACAGCGGCAUGUUGAAGCUUCGUGUGUGUGUGUGGAAGCUUGUAAACAGCUGAGAUAAAACGAUAAAUGAAAGUUUUAUAUGUGAUAAUUUGUAGAGAUCUCACAUACAAGAAUCUGUGAAGCUUUUGUGUACGUUUGUACACGUAAGGCAACCUAUAUCUUGCUUCAAAUGAACUGCACCUGCAGGAGAGACCAGAUGCAUGUUAAAUGAAUGAUCUCUGAGGCUAGUUAGAGGUGUCAUUCUCUGUGUGAACGUGCGCGGGAGGGCGCCAGGAAGAAAGCGUUACAGUUUGGCGACAUCUUACUGUCCGAGUGAUUGUCCACCGCUGUGUAAUUAAUUACUGAUGACAACCGAUGCGCUGGGUGUACUUGCAUCGUUGCGGCCCAUGACGUCCCCGCGAUACUAACUUGAGGAAAGCGCGUAGUGUGCGCGCGUGCGAUUGCCUCUUGUCCCCACUUUGUCCCCACUCUCCCUCUCCCUCUCCCUCCCUUAGACGUCAGGUGUCGCUACCGACGGCGACUGCAGGUCCGCCGCUUGUUGCUCGCAAGCCCAGCCACUCUUGCGCCAACCGCCCGCACCACUUGGUGCUUUCAAGAAAGCAGAUGGUGUUUGCCCGACAUGGUGUCGUGGUGACGUGCCUGGCGUAACGGCGUGGUGCUCUGCAAGGUUCUGUGACGCAUGUGGCAGUGACGUAGAGCUAGGAGUUGAAGUAUACGGACCUGUCUGUUGGACCCGACAUCUUGUUAGGGAGGUGGGCUUCCAGCAACGGACAUCGACAUGGGGUGGCCGGAACGGAGAGUGUUGGCUGUACUAGUGGCGAUACUCUGUCUUGCACCCUGCACCCUGCUUGUUGCGCUGUCACCUGACCUUAAACCAUCACAGAAUGUUCCAACAGCCACUGCGCAGACGGAGCCAGACUGGCACUCGAGGUCACUAUCUAAGAAGAGUUUCUCUGAUUUGAAGAGCACCCCGUCACCUGAUCUUGUUGCUGAUGCUGGUGGUAGUGUUGUCAGCGGUGGCUACGGUAAAAGUGUUGGUGAUGCACACGAGAGAACGACAGACAAAAGUGAUGAACAGCAAGAAAAAGAGCAGAGAACCAGUGCCAUGGCCAGGUUGAGACAGUGGGCAAGUCCGACUGCUCCCUCUUCCACGGCAAAAGAAUUGCAGGACGUGGAAGGUACACACGCCAGGGGAGACGAUAAGCCGGAAGCAGCCGUGGAAAAGCGCGAUAAGCACGUGACUCCUUGGUCCGACGACGACGCCAUCAGAGACCUUAACGCAGACUACCCUGAUCAUGAUGAGUUGGAAGACGACAUCGAUGAUGAUAUAAUAAACAAAAAAGAGUCUCCGAAACUGGGGGUCCCAUCGCGUCAUCAUGAACGUUAUGAACAGCGACAAGGGCAAGAUGGCGGGCAAGAGGAAGGUACCAAGAGAUGGCGCCAGCAGCUUGUCCGUGAAUCUGACGAUACAAGGCAGGACGUCAAGACACAAGCAAGUGGCCAUGCCAGCGAUCUCAAAGAAGAGCCGCCCCAGGCCAGCAGACCAUCCAGUGGGGCACCUCGCGAAUCGGCCACGAUUGUUGGAACCAAAGCUGACCCACUACGCUCCGAGAUCAACUUCGAGGGCCACAAGUACGAGAAGGUGAAGUCGAGGAACCGCCCAAAAUGGCUGUCGCACCUCGCCGGACAACGACAGACAGCAGGCGGGGGACUGGGCACAGAAGACCUGCACGUCAACCACGAAGGUCUGCAGGUGCUCAGUCCUUCGCCACCUCACAGCCUUACCACAGACGAAGCCUUAACACCUGCACCCCUUAAUGGCGAGAGAGACAAACAUGAUGGAAGUUCAGAUGUCCCAAGCGACCUGGGAGUCAAAGAGGAACAUCGUCAGAGCUCCAUGGAGGACAAUCACGACCGCGUCGACGACUACAAUCGGACAAAGGAAAGCAGGAUUAACACCAGUGAUCCUCACGACGACAAGUGGUCGGCGAUGAAGCAGAAGAAGACGGCCUACCUCAAAAGCUGUCCUGCUUGUCAAGCCGGCAUUAAUGAAGCCCGCACUCUUAGGCUGCAGGUACUAAGAGACCAGCUGCUUGACAAGUUGCGGAUGGUGCCACGGUUCAAAUCCAGCCCCUGGCGACCCAAACUGCCUGACCAGGUGUUCCCCGACUACCUGCAACACGAUGAAAGCGACGUCGACAGCAAGUACUACGCCCGCACCACUGAACUCAUCGUCUUGGGCCGUGACCUCGGCAGACAUCGCCUACGAAGGGAGGGCACGGGGUCCUAUCAGUUUGCGGUCACUGGCAAAGUCAAGGGCAGCGUUUCCUCGGCGGAGUUGUGGGUCUACAAGAUGGCCGACGCCAACGACGUCCACGGGCAGACGCUGAUCAUCACGGAACUCGACUUCCGCAAGGGACGCCACCUACAAGAGCGCAGCCUGGUGGCGCGCCUGGAGACCAAGGUGCAGGAAGGCUGGGUCAGCUUUGAUGUCACCCGCCUAGUACAGCGCUGGGAAGAGGCCGGCCAGCCGGCUCCCAUGCAGCUGCUGGCCAUCAGGUGCAAGACUUGCGCAAGGACCAACUACCGCGCCAUCUUCGGUGCUAAGAGCAACUUUCGCCCAGUACUUGUGAUGCACCUCCAAAGUACUGAGGAGCAUGAACGCAAGCGGCGUAGUACCUGUGACCCAGAGUUUGACUGCUGCAAAUUUGACCUCUUUGUACACUUCAGGGAUUUGGGCAUCCAUGAAGUCCUUCAUCCAAGAACCAUCAAAGCUGACUACUGCUAUGGUUCUUGUGACAGACCCGACCUUGGUCAUUAUCACCACUCGCAGCUGAUGCAGAACUAUCGCUGGAACAAUGACCGUCCCAUUAACUCCACUCUGAGAGAAAGAGUAAAACCUUGCUGUGUCCCUGUGGUCCUGCGCCAGACUUCCAUCAUGUAUUACAACAACAGUCUUAACACUCAAAUCAACAACGGCGUGGUACCCAACAUCCUGGUAGACAAGUGCGGAUGUGCUUGAAAUGCCAAAUUAAUAUAACUCAUGAAAUAUCAAUGAUGAUUGCAUUUUACUUAGUAUAUCAGCUUCUCAGUUUUGUUUGCUUCUUUCAGAUGAAAUAGUGGGAACAGAAAAAAAUAUUGGAUACUAUUCAAGAGCCUGGUAACUGGUAACUCGUAGCAUGAUGGGAAUCCUCAUUGGCCUGACAGCGGUCAAAGUUGUUGGUGAAACUGCACUUGCUAGUGGCAAGCAAACCAGUUACCAUACCAUGUCUACAAUGUUUAUUUUACAAAUCUUCUUCAGUCUUUUGCUCAAAACAUGCUUUCCUUAGCCUUAUAGGCUGCCUUUUUUUGUAGCUUGUUGGAUAUUACGACUCUUUUCAUAAAUAAGCAUAGUAUAUUGCUAUAUUGGACACCCUGUUAUGCACAGCAAUGCAAAGUGUAUUUGAUGGUCACAUACUUUCCAGGUGAGUGGAUGGAAAAAAUUCCUCAUGUGAUAAACCUUUAUCUUCAAACAUUUAUAGCUUUUGUCUAUCUCACCAUUUUGUCGAAGGAACAAAAUGGCCUCUGUCUGGACAGGAGACUUGUGUGUAACAAGUCACCUGGACAUGACUAAGGUUAACAUCAUCAAUGCCAGAUUGGGGCACUGCAAUAAGUCCCAAAACUCAAAACAUUUAAUUCAAAUAUUUUAAUACUAUAGCAGUAUUUCAGACAGACCAAACAUUUUUGUUCACCUGAAGUAUUCUAUUUUAAUAAUAAAUGUUCACAGUGCUUGGUUUAAAGUACACAGUAUAAUAAACUAACCCUGUCUCAAUAUUAGAUCUCAUUUACGUGAUGAAAACAGAGAAAAUCUCAGAACUGAAAUAGUGGAGACAAAGUUCAAAGUGCUUGUUUAAUUUGAUUAAAGUGUGGGAAUAACUUUUUCACCCACCAUUUUAAGUGACAGCAGUGAAUUCCACACAUUCAGAAAUUUCUUUCAUCCAUACCUGGUUUGAGUAUCUUCUUGUCCAUUUUUUGCACAAACAAUGCAAUGACACACAGGUCUAGUGACCUAGUGCCCAGCAGGUCUUGAGUCAGGACCAAGUCUUACAAUGAUUGGGACAUAGAGAAGGCUGAAUCCUUCAUUCAGAUUUUGAUGCCUGAGAUGUAUGUGGAAAACAAGCAUUUUUUUAAAAACUGCCCUUGAGUAAAGUUUACUUUCUUCAAGAUUUCAUCCUGAACUGUGGUUUUACAACUUUGGAUAUGCACACCAAAGGCCAAAUCUUUGAAUGUGAAUAAUCAGGAUCCUGUUAUUUGAGAAAAUGUUGGUUAGUUGUGCAGCCAAUAAUCUGACGGACGAAUGUUUACUAAAUUUUGAUACAAGUUGAAAAUGUCACUUGUUUCAAACUGGGCCUUAUAACCUGUCUCCAUCAUUUCCCCUAGAUCCAUCUUCCCUGCUUUUACUUGCAAUGCUCAUGUUUGUGUCAAUAAAUGUUUAUCCCGAAAGAU